GACGGAGGAGGCGCGCAGCGGUGCAGCUGCUGCGGCGGCUGGUGAGGCAGGUGAAGCGGGGCCAGCUGGUGUCACGGCUGGAACGACUGCUGGCACGACGGCGGAGGGCGCAGGGGCUGAUGGGGGUGCGGUGCCGGAGGGGGGCGGUGCACCGGCGUCAGGGCGCAAGCGGCGACCCAAAGGCAGCAUCACCAAGGUCCUCACCAGCGCCUCCGCCGCCCGCCUGCGGCAGCGCAUGGACCUCCUCUCGCAGCUCCGACGGGGCUUGAAAGAGCUCGCGCAGCCGCCCCCGCCGCCGCAUUCCGACACCGCGGGUGAACGGCGCAGCGCCCGAGUGCUCAGCAGCCACACCCACAACCCCAACUGCGGGGUUGCAUGGGAGCUCAGUCCCGCUCUGACAGGCAAGCGGGGGGUGCUGCCGCCCUGGUGGCUGCCGGAGCAUGACGUACAGCUGGCACAUGGGGUCGUACGGCACGGUUUCGGAGCCUGGGACGCGAUUGCGAGGGACCCGCAGUACAGCUUUGAGAGCUGCGCGCGUGCGACGGGAGCGGUGCCGGAUGUGGAGGAG